GUGGUUUAAUGUAGACAGAAAGAAGGUUCUGUUGCAAACGAAAUUUAGUCUCUGCAUCAAACGGAUAGAUUUUAAAGAAAGAUAAUGAUGGCAACAAAAGGUUGGAAGGUAGUUAAACCUCAUGUGCCGUUGAUUAAAUUUCGUAAGGGUGGAAUUAACAGAGCAACUGCAGGUGCAGCAGCCAUACCGUCUGCACAUUCAGGGGCGACGUCUAAGCAAACUAUUGGCGGUGCAACGGGACCUAACGUGACGGUUUUGCCAACGAUAGAAGACAUUCACCUCCCUCCGCGAUUCCAAAGGCGACCAAUAGAUGAGAAAGAAAUUGCAUAUAUUAAUAGAGGUGGACCGGAAUAAAUCUAUAUAUCAUUGGAGCAUCAUCAAACCUUAGAACCUUGUACACAAGUCAUUUCCCUCAUACAUUCAAUGUAUUCUGUAAAUAAAUGAAAG